AUGACUGACAAAAUAGAGAGGCAUACUUUCAAGGUUUUUAAUCAAGAUUUCAGUGUAGAUAAGAGGUUCCAACUUAUUAAAGAAAUAGGUCAUGGAGCGUACGGUAUAGUGUGUUCAGCGCGGUUUGCAGAAGCAGCCGAAGAUACCACAGUGGCCAUUAAGAAGGUGACUAAUGUUUUUUCGAAGACUUUACUGUGUAAAAGAUCCUUACGUGAACUAAAGCUUUUGAGGCAUUUCAGAGGCCACAAAAAUAUUACAUGUCUUUACGAUAUGGAUAUCGUUUUUUAUCCAGACGGAUCCAUCAAUGGACUAUACCUAUAUGAGGAACUUAUGGAAUGUGAUAUGCACCAAAUCAUCAAGUCCGGUCAACCUUUGACAGACGCUCACUAUCAAAGUUUCACAUACCAGAUAUUAUGUGGUUUAAAAUAUAUUCAUUCCGCAGAUGUCUUGCAUCGUGAUUUGAAGCCCGGUAAUUUACUUGUUAAUGCUGAUUGUCAACUGAAAAUUUGUGAUUUUGGGUUAGCUAGAGGGUAUUCUGAAAAUCCUGUCGAAAACAGCCAGUUUUUGACGGAGUACGUGGCUACCAGAUGGUAUAGAGCUCCCGAAAUAAUGUUGAGUUACCAAGGUUAUACCAAGGCGAUUGACAUAUGGUCAGCAGGUUGUAUUUUAGCGGAGUUUCUUGGCGGAAAGCCAAUCUUCAAAGGAAAGGAUUACGUUAAUCAAUUGAAUCAAAUAUUACAGGUUUUAGGGACACCCCCGGAUGAAACUUUAAGAAGGAUUGGUUCUAAAAAUGUUCAAGACUACAUCCAUCAAUUAGGUUUUAUUCCAAAAGUCCCUUUUGUCAAUUUAUACCCAAAUGCUAAUUCGCAAGCAUUAGAUUUAUUGGAGAAAAUGCUCGCGUUUGACCCUCAGAAGAGAAUUACCGUAGAUGAGGCCCUGGAGCAUCCUUACUUGUCCAUAUGGCAUGAUCCAGCUGACGAACCUGUUUGCAGCGAAAAAUUCGAAUUUAGCUUUGAAUCCGUUAAUGAUAUGGAGGACUUGAAACAAAUGGUUAUACAAGAAGUGCAAGAUUUCAGACUGUUUGUAAGGCAACCACUAUUAGAAGAGCAAAAGCAAUUACAGUUACAGCAGCAACAGCAGCAGCAACAGGCUUCAAAUGCGAAUAAUGGAAACGCUGCAGUGAGUGAAGGAAACUAUUCAAAACAAAUGGCCACGUCUAAUUCUGUGGCGUCACAACAAGAAUCGUUUGGUAUUCACUCUCAAAACUUACCAAGGCAUGAUACAGAUUUCCCUCCUCGACCUCAGGAAAGUAUGAUGGAGAUGGGACCUGCCGCUGCGGAUACUGCAGAUAUCCCGCCUCAGAAUGAUAAUGGCACACUCCUAGAUCUUGAGAGAGAGCUGGAGUUUGGAUUAGAUAGAAAGUAUUUCUAG